UUAAAUAUAAGGUUAAGUUAUUUGGCUAUAUAGGCUAGCUUAGUUUGACAUGUUAAACGAUUAGCUCUACAUUGGUUGUUUUAAUGAUAAACCAAUAGAAAGUUACUCUGAACACGCGCAUUGCCUUUGCUGCCGUGAUUAGUUGUACAUUGUCUUUACGUUGGUCUGUGCGGUCUGAAAUGACUCCGGACGAGAGUGAGAGAGCGAGUGAGAAAGAGAGAGAGAGAGAGAGAGAGAGAACGCGUGGUUGCGCAAAGAGUCUACCACACAAUGUGUUAUCGCUUCAGAUAGCCUCACGAACACUCAGGAGAGAAAGAUUAGACUGAACUGCUCCUCUAACCGAACGGAUGUGAAAGUGACGAGUGAAGCCUAUAGUUCAACGUUUUUCGCUCCGAAUCGUUUCAGUGAGGGGUGUCUAGAUUGACUGACCGCGAUGCCACAAAGCCCAUCCCACCAAACAGAACUGCAGUCGCACGGUGCUGGACAUGAACAUCAAAUUGGGACAUUACGACUGCUUUGCUAGUGCAUGCAUGGGAUUGCGCGUAUGAUAAGAAUGCCACUGGUGUUGGACAUGCAAUGAUUUAAGCUAUGCUGCUUUCCUGCUGGAUGACAGUAGCCCAAUGGAACAGAUUGUCCGUGCAUGCAAACGCUGAGAGUUCGCUAACGAGUCACUGAAUCUCAAGUUGGAUAGCAGUCCUGGAAAGUAACGAAAUCAAGUAAUAUCUUGCAAUUAUUUAUUAUUUACAAUCUGUGUGCAUUUUUAACAACUUUGCCGUUGGAUUUAGACUGCAGUGAAACUCAUAAUUCCACGUAUAACUAAAAUGUAAAAAAAAAAAAAAAGCCAAUAGUCAGUAUAGGCUACUUUUUCUGUUGAGUGUCUUUGUCAACUCAACAUGUGUCAACGGGUUCUAGGUCCAGCAGAAUAAUGUGCCUGGCGCACGGUAGUUAUUCAUAUUAAUGGCAUAGACCCAUGCUUAUUAUGAUGAAUGAUAAAUUAAAUAAGUUAAUUUUAGUUCCAGUUUUGGCAGUUCUUUUUGUGAUGAUAGGGUAUCAGUAUAUUUGUCCAGCAGGCAGCAACUCUUGUCACUUUGGGACUGGUGAAAAACUGAGAGGGAUGCGUCCGCCAUUCACCCUGUAUCCUACGCCCGAUGACCUGUACAGAGAUCAAGAGCUCGAGGAUGACAGCCCUCCGAAAUUUCUGUCAAAAUUUAACUUUACCGAGCGAGAUCUUAUGCGGGACGUGGAUUUUAAGAUACGAGGAGAUGAUGUGAUAGUGUUUUUGCACAUACAAAAGACUGGGGGUACCACUUUUGGUCGUCACCUAGUACGGAAUAUACGGUUAGAGCAGCCCUGUGACUGUAAACCCGGUCAGAAGAAAUGCACUUGUCACCGGCCAGGGAAAGAGGAAUCGUGGCUCUUCUCGAGGUUCUCCACUGGCUGGAGUUGUGGUUUACACGCAGACUGGACGGAACUUACCAACUGCGUGCCUGUUAUAAUGGACAAAAAGGCUGCUCAGAAGAACCGGAGAAACUACUACUACAUCACCAUGCUCAGAGACCCGGUGUCCCGCUUCCUGAGCGAGUGGAAGCACGUUCAGCGCGGCGCCACCUGGAAGACUUCACUGCACAUGUGUGACGGCCGCUCCCCGACGCAGGACGAGCUGCCCAACUGCUACAGCGGCGAUGACUGGUCAGGUGUCCCCCUGACUGCCUUCAUGGACUGCCCCUCCAACCUAGCCAACAACCGGCAGGUGCGCAUGCUGGCCGACCUGAGCCUGGUGGGCUGCUACAACCUCUCAUCCAUGAACGAGAGCGAGCGCAACGACAUCCUCCUGGCCAGCGCCAUGACCAACCUCAAGAACAUGGCCUUCUACGGCCUGACGGAGUUCCAGCGCAAAACGCAGUACCUGUUCGAGCGGACGUUCCACCUGCGCUUCAUCUCGGCCUUCACGCAGAUCAACAGCACGCGCGCCUCCAACGUGGACAUCAGCGAGGCCGUGCGCCGCCGCAUCGAGGAGCUCAACUACCUGGACGUGCAGCUCUACGAGUUCGCCAAGGACCUGUUCCUGCAGCGCUUCCAGUUCACGCGGCAGCGCGAGCACCAGGAGGACCGGCUCAAGAGGCGCGAGGAGCGGCGCUGGCUGAGGGAGCAGAGGGCCAAGUGGCCCCGAGGGGACACGGGGCUCCCCGAAGCAGCCACCACCGAGGACUACACCAGCCAAGUGGCACGCUGGUGAGGCCUUCAGAAAGAGAGGGAGCAGCGACGGGAGUGCAAAGACGGUUUCACAGACACCUCUCUUCUCUCUCUCUAUUUCUGUAUGUCUCCCGCUAUUGCACUUAAAGGUGGAGUCAGUCAUACUUGCAAGUUACAGUUGUUUUGAAACUCAACAGCCAAAUACAUACGCCCCUCCCCUCAUUGUUCACUGCAGAGUCACUGACCCUGCUCAUGUGCUGGCUUGGCUGAGACACCAUGACUGGUACAUCAUUAACCUGACUCGGGUGGUGGGCUGCUUCCUUGUUUAGAAAGCUGAACUCACCACUGCUUGUUCUUGCCCCGCUCUUUUACUCAGAAUAUAUACUGUAUUGAGCAGUUUCAGCAAAUGUUAUAAAAAAAAGAUCUUAAGAAUUAGUAUUGCUGACCCCACCUUUAAAGCACUAAAAUUAAGUUUGGUUGCCAUUAAAACUGCAAAGUCUACGUGUCUCUUACAGCAGCUCUGCCUUUGAGUACCCUUUGGUGUCUUAUGUAUUCACAAUCUUUUCUUUAUCGUUUUUAAUUCUUUUUGUGCUCAACUGCUCUUGUUGUUUUGUCAUGGGUAUUUAUUAGUGUACAGAUGGCACAAUUUAAAGACAUUAAAGAAAAAUCUAAAGCCACAAAAGGGAACUUCUGAUGAAACUGCUUCUGCUGAUGUCUGUAUAGUUCAAAGGUGUGAUCUCAGUUGGCACUUGAAGUUUUUAAUUUUGCCAUUACAAAGCCAUAUUGAUUCAUUGUAAUAUAUCUGCCAUUUUUGGAAUGCGUGCUGUGAGUGUUGAAAUUAAUUAAAUUUGUGUCAAAUGUAAUUUGCCAAAAAAUAAAUUAUUACAAGUUAAGUUUUUUUUCAAGAUGGUAUAUGUUUAAGUUUAAUGUUGCAUGCAACAUGCUGUUGCACACAAAAUACUAUUGUAUACAAUGAAACAAUUAUUUAUCAUGCUAUGGCCACAAAAUAUCUUGACACCAUGCCAAAAAGUAAACAUGCUAUACAUGCAUAGAAAAAUAAAACACCAAAUGUCACAAUCAACAGGAUUUCUAU